AAAGAUCUCUCCAGUAACCCUUAGCAACGGUAUCAUCUGCUGUAAUGACGUCAAAGCCGACAGUACUGACGUCAAGGAAUGCAACGUGAGUGGUCAUGUUUACAGAAAAAUUGAACUUGAGUUAUUCGCUUCAUGGCGCGACGAUUGGAAGGAUAAUUCGAGACGACGCAACUAGUGGAAUAAUGAUUUUAUAUUGACGAGGAAAAAAUUUUGGAGCCAACGAAAGGAAAUCGAAUCCAAAUAAUUGAUUGAAAAAAUAUAUUUUUUUUCGAAAAAUAAUAAGGAAAAAAGAGCUGAAUUUCCACAACAAACUACCAAAUAAUGAUCCAACAUUUUUCUCGAGGAGAGAGUGAGAACCGUCCCUAUCAGUUGAAUAUCUACGGCACUGACCUCGUCCUCGGCUCUCGGCAUCUCGUGCCAGUUUUCGUUCGGUAGCUCCGAGAUCCAGGCAGGUGAAGGAGGCAUAUCAAAGACCUAGUGCAUGUGUCACCUAUGAAAAUUACUGACGAGCGUGCACACGCAUUACGCGCGUACAAAAAUCAACUUCGCGGCAUGCUCAAAAAAAUCCCCUCAAUAACUAUUUUGUGAAUUCAAUUUAGAAUAACAGGGUAAAAAAAAAUCCCCCAACAAACACAAACAAACAAAAAUCCUAAUCACGCUAUAGAGGAUCUUUAUAUUGGGAGACGUGUGAAAAAAAAGACAACAGUUAAAAUACGGUGAGAGAGCGUCUUUGAUGUGUGUAUAUAAAGUUAGACAAGCGACAACAGAUUGAUUUGAGGGUCAACCGGCUCUGGCAGCACCGGUUACAGGAGUAAUUUGAGGCCGCAAACAAGAGACAACAAUCAGGAUGUUCUAUCCUCCAGGAAGAUGGCCGUGAUCGGCGAAACCAGGUUUCGACCAGUAGUCCACGUGAGAGAACAAAAAGAAAUUCUUAGUCGUAAAAAUAAAGGAAUUAUAAAUAUAUCCUCGCCGUACCGUCAUCAUAGGAAAAGGAAGAGUCGAUCGGCUCUCGAGAGCACGAUGUCGUGUUCGCGAAGUGCUGAUCAAAGUGAACUAAGUGAUUCUGAGGAUGGAUCCCUGGAAACCGACCCCCUUAGAUACGAAUUGCGCAAUAUCCAGAGUGUAAUUCACGUGAUGCGUCAAAAUAUUGAAGCGCUCAACAACCGAUUUGCUGGUUUUCAAGAUCCACCCUCAAUCUAUCUCACGGAAUAUCAAGAAUUAACCAGUAAAUUACAUGAACUUGAAUGUAAACAACAAAAACUAAAUGAAUUGCUCAAUUCAACAAUUCCAACAACCACCAUCACAACAACAAUUGAAGGUCCUGUACAAAUAGAUAACGAUUCUCAUUCAUCAAAUAAAUUUCGUACGCCACGAACUCCAUUAAAAUCACUAUUGCGAGCUUAUCUACCAAAUCAACAACGUACAAGUGUACAAGUCCGUGAAGGUCUCUCAUUAAAAAAUGCCCUCGCAAAAGCAAUGAAAUUAAGAAAUUUAACAACCGAAAUGUGUAUGGUUUACAUUGUAAGUACAAAUGAUGCAAAGCAUCCCAUACCCUGGGACACGGACAUUUCAUCACUCGAAUGUGACGAAAUAUCAGUCGAGAUACACGAUAAAUUUCCCAUAGCAACAUCAAUAUCACAUAAUUUUGUACGUAAAACAUUCUUUUCCCUAGCAUUUUGCGAGUGUUGUAGAAAGUUACUCUUUCAAGGAUUUUACUGUCGAACGUGUAAUUAUCGUUUUCAUCAGCGUUGUGCCGGUGGUGUGCCAGCACUUUGCCAUCAAACACGAAUGCAAGACGCAUAUUAUCAAGCAUUACUCGCACACAAUCCAGAAACAACAGCCGGCAUAUUACAAUUACCAUCGGGUUAUGGUCUAUCGUCAUCAUUGGCUACUUCCAGGAGUACUAGGCAACCUAGACUACUUGGACAACAUGAUCGAUCAAGCUCUGCGCCUAACGUCUGCUUUAAUAUGGUGAAACCAAGUGGUGAGCCUAUUAAUUUAGACGAUUAUUCUAGGUCCCAGUGUCUUAGCCGACCUGUUGGCACAGCCCAGAAUCCCAUGUCUCCUGCAAGUAGCCCAACAAAACACAGUCAAUCAACUCAGGCUAGUCCAACAAGUACCUUAAGGCCAAAACGUCCACGAGCACGAUCAGCCGAUGAAUCGUCGAAAAAUCUCCUAGCGCCACGUGAAUCAAUCGAGGAUUGGAAAAUUCCCGCCGAGGAAAUACUCGUUGGACCGCGAAUUGGUUCAGGAUCAUUUGGAACUGUUUAUAAAGCUCAUUGGCACGGACCAGUUGCCGUUAAAACUCUAAACGUGAAAAUACCAACAGCCGCGCAAUUACAGGCAUUUAAAAAUGAGGUCGCAGUUCUGAGAAAAACCCGCCACGUCAAUAUUCUUUUAUUCAUGGGCUGUGUUAGUGAACCACAAUUAGCAAUUGUAACCCAAUGGUGUGAAGGUUCAUCUCUCUAUAAACAUUUACACGUAUUCGAAUCGCGUUUCUUGCUCCUAACUCUAAUUGAAAUCGGUCGACAAACAGCACAGGGAAUGGACUAUUUACACGCAAAAAAUAUCAUUCAUCGCGAUUUGAAGAGUAACAAUAUUUUUUUACACGACGAUCUCACAGUGAAAAUUGGUGAUUUUGGUCUUGCAACGGCAAAAACAAGAUGGUCCGGUUCACUGCAAUAUCAUCAACCAACAGGUUCAAUUUUAUGGAUGGCACCCGAAGUUAUUCGAAUGCAAGAAGAAAAUCCCUACAGUUUUCAAUCCGAUGUCUAUGCAUUUGGUAUUGUUUUAUUUGAAUUAUUAGCCGGUCAACUACCCUACUCUCACAUUAAUAAUAAAGAUCAAAUUCUCUUUAUGGUUGGAAGAGGUUAUUUGCGUCCUGAUUUAAAUAAAUUACGAUCCGAUACACCAAAGGCAUUGAGACGAUUGACUGAAGAUUGUAUAAAGUUCUCGCGAGAUGAGCGACCGAUAUUUCGGCAGAUCUUGGCAAGCCUAGAGGCACUCCUAAGGGGACUUCCUAAGAUUACAAGAUCUACCUCGGAACCAAAUCUCAAUAGGACUCAAUUACAAUCCGACGAUUUUCUCUAUACUUGUGCAUCGCCCAAGACACCGGUCAACUUUCAAUUUGGCGGUUUUCCAUUUUAUCCAAGUGGAGGAAAUAUUUAAAAAAAAAACUAAUUAUGAGACUGUCAAUUUUUUUUUUCUUUAACAGAAAUGAGAAUUUUAGAAAACAAAAUAAUAUUUAAAUCUGUAUAAUAGAAUUUUUCUUUUCACAAUAUUUGCACUUUGAAUCACUCAAAUUGACUGCUUGAUAUCGUCAAGAAAAAUCUUUUUAUUUUUUUAUUUUCAUGUAAGAUAAAUUAACAAAAGUGGUAGUAUAAUUGUCUACCGCUGAUAAACUCGAUUUAUAUAUACGAAAAUGGAGAUUUUGAGAAAUGACAAAAUGUCUAUCGAAAUAAGACCUCAAUAUGUACAAGUGAAUCGAAAAGAUUUCAAUUUUAAAUUUCAAUAUUUUAAUCCCAAAUUUUGAGAUUUUAUAGAAAAAUUGUAACUUUUUAAAAAAUAAUUUAAAGAUUUAAAGAAAAGUAAAUUUUAAUUAUAAUAUUUUAAUGAAUGUGAAAUUUUAACGAAAAUUUAGAGAAAUUAAACGGAGAAAGUAAACUCCGUUAGUGAAUUAAAUCAAAAUUAAUGGAAUUUCUGACAAAAUACAAAGUUCUAAAUUUGAAUUUUAAAUCAAAGCCAAAUAAUCAUCUUUUCACAAAUUUUUGAACUCUAAAUUUAUAAUUAAUAAUAGGAUGUAAUUAUGACGAAAUUAUAAUUUAUAAACAUUAGUAAAUUAAGACUCGGAAAAAUCGAUGAUUAUCAAAAAUUUGUCGAUCAUAAAUUUAAUUAUUCAUCGAAAUAAUUUAUUAAUUAACAAAUUAGCCAAUUCAUUUAUUAACAACGUAAUUAGUUAAUUAUGUUAGAUUUUUUCCCUAAAGAAUAAAAAAUUUACACUAAAUUCUCCCGAAUAUAAAAAAAAAUUAUUUCUCAAGAACAAAAAAAGAAUUAUGUUUACAAAUUUGAAAGUGAAAAGAUUUUCGAUUCGCUUUUUAAUAACUUGAUUCUAACUCUGGUAUAUACUUUCUAUUUUUCACACCCUCACUUUUUCCAACAAUAAAGAAAACACGAAAAAGCAAAAAAAAAAAUUUCUUCUUGUAUAUAUAAUAAGUGCACAAACACACAACAAUGAGUAAAAAGAAAGAAAAUAUCUGAUCACUUUUUAAUAUCCUUCAAAAGGAUAUAAAAUUAUAAACUAAAUUUUUUAGAACUGUGUAACAUUUUAUUCGCGUCGGCCUUCAAUUAAAAUGCAAAA